GCAACGCAGGAAGACUGGCAAGUGCCUGGUGAGGAUGAUUUCCUACAGCUGGAGCCAUGGGCCGUGCCGUGCAGCAACCAAUGGAUGAAGCUCGGGAAAGACAACUGGAACAAGUGGCAGGGCUAUUCGUUCUACACUUCAGAUGCCUUCAUCGAAAAGUGUGUCACCAUCACGUUCGCGCUGAACAUGCAGCCGGUGGUGGCGUUUGUGGGCGGCAUCCAAUUCGACUUGCUGCCUGGGCCGUUGGCUGAAGUGGCCACGCAGGUCUGCUGGCCUCGUCAUCAGCCAGGCGGGCUGGACCUCAGCGUUCUUCGCUCGGAGAUCAAGUCCAACGGGGUCCUCCUCUUCAGCCGCACACUGCGCCUCUCGAAGCGCUUUGGUAAAGACACGCACUUCACGGCCGAGAAU